CUUGUUGACUCCUCAAGAGUUGUGAGAUUUGGGAGUUCAGAUCUUCGGUUGUCUUCUACUUCUCUUUGCUCUUCUGAGAUUUACAUUGCUCGUUUGGGUUUAUAUCCGACAGAGUUUCCAAGAUGGCGAGCUUGGGAGUAAGCUUAAGGUGGAAGGUGGGUCUUUGCAAUCGGCACAAGCGGCGGCAGUGGGUUCGUCCCGUAUCGUGCUCAAGCUCAAGCAAAAAUUCACCUCCGGCUUAUAGAGCCCUUUUGGUCGAUGUGGGUGGAACGCUGCUGGAAACGUCUCAGCCAGUGCCGCAAGUGUACGCUUCAUUCGGCUCCAAGUACGGAAUUCAGGCUGAUGCCGAUGCAAUCAAAAAGGGGUUUAAGAAAGCAUUCAGUGAACCAUGGCCGGAGAGACUUCGCUACGAGGGUGAUGGUCGGAGGUUUUGGAAGUAUGCGGUUGCCACCGCAACAGGCUGUGAUAAUGAUGACUACUUUGAAGAACUCUAUCAGUAUUUUGGAAGAGGUGAUGCAUGGAAGCUUGUCGAUGGUGCAGAGCGCGCAUUGAAGGACCUGCGAGGUGCAGGAGUACAGCUUGCCGUCGUUUCCAACUUUGAUUCUCGCCUUCGUCCCAUUCUGGCAGAGCUGAACAUAUCCGAUGUGUUUGAUGCUCUUGUUAUCUCUUCUGAAAUUGGUCACGAGAAACCAGCGAAGGAAAUAUUUCUUACCGCACUGGGUACUCUCAAUGCUAAGAUUGACGCUGCAAAAUCUCUUAAUUCUUCGAGCCAUGCAGAUGAGCUCGGGGUGCAAGCCAGAGACACAGUUCAUGUUGGAGAUGACCCCGUGGCGGACAAGCAAGGAGCGAAUGCUGUUGGAAUCGAUGCGUGGCUAUGGAAAAAAGAAGUCAAGUCGUUUGAAGAGAUCAAGGACCGCAUAUUGGUGCCGACAAGCUUUCCAAAAUAAAUUUGCUUUCUUGCAAUAUUAUAGAAGGGACAGUGCUUGAAAAUUUUCUUAACAUUCUAUACUCAAUGAUCAAAACUAUGUUUUUAAUUUAUAAUAA